AUGUGGCGGCAGCUGCCCGUGACAAGCGCAUCGUUCUUUCUGAAAUUGAAGGAAAAGAAGGAGAACCCCCCCCUGGCUCCUCCUCUUGGCAUGAUGCCAAGCAACAUGCAGCAUGUGGGACACUCAAGACAUGGUUCCCGUGACAUCACUUGCAUGACGUCGGGAGAAGUCGGGACCUCUUUCUCCGACAGCUACAGGAAGAGGAGGAGGAAAAAAACAGGCAUCUCUUUAACGUUUUCCCCUUUUCUUCCUCUUCUUUUUCCUCCCAGAAGAUUCUUAGACGCCACCAUGCUGGUCUCUGGCUGCCUGCUGGUUCGCCUGGCCAUCCUUCUCAGCGUCCUCCUGGUGCAGUCCUGCCAAGGGCAGUCUUGGGAAGCUUUUCAAAACAAGCACAUUGAUUAUCCCCAAACCCGAGCCUCCAACCCCAAUGCCUACUGCAACCUCAUGAUGGUGAAGAGGAAUCUGAAUCCUAGUAGAUGCAAACAGAGGAAUACUUUCAUCAACCAUUCCAAGGAGUCUGUCCUAGAGGUCUGCGGCAAAGGUGGGAAGCAUUGGCAAGAUAAAUUCUAUGACAGCAACGAGAACUUCCCCAUGAUUGACUGCAGCUACACUGAUGGCAAACCUCCAAAGGACUGCAAAUACAAAGGCACAGAUUCCUCCAGGCGCAUUCGUGUCACCUGUGAAAACAAGAAGCCUGUUCACCUGGAGAAGGUGCUGUGAUAGGCAGAAAACCACACAAGCCAAGCUCUGCCCAUUGAAGCCAGAAUGCUUCUUGGGCCAUUUCUCCCUGCAAUGCAUCCACAUCAUUGGCUUUCCCCGGUUUAACAGUCAUUUGCCCUUUCCAGGGGACCCUGGGAGCUGUGGCACUAAGGGCAAUGGUGCCCGGCUUCUAACUAAGCAUUCUGUUGCUUUCUCUCAAUGGCUAUUCUCUCAAUAAAGCUCAUGUUUGUCAUU